AUGGUCAAAGAUACAAAGUUUUAUGACGCUUUGGGUGUAGCACCUAAUGCUACGGAGUCGGAGUUAAAAAAGGCAUAUAGAAAAGCAGCAUUAAAGUAUCAUCCCGAUAAAAACUCGACUCCAGAAGCUGCAGAGAAGUUUAAGGAGAUUUCUCAUGCUUACGAGAUUUUGUCUGAUGAGCAAAAAAGGGAUAUAUAUGACCAAUAUGGAGAAGAAGGUUUGUCGGGAGCAGGUGGUGGUCCUGGAAUGAGUGCAGAUGAUAUUUUCUCCCAGUUCUUUGGAGGUGGAUUUGGAGGUGGUCCUCAAAAGCCUACGAGAGGUAAGGAUAUCAAGCAUAGUAUUGCAUGCACAUUAGAGGAGUUGUUUAAAGGUAAGACCACCAAGUUAGCCUUGAACAAAACAGUAUUAUGUAAACAAUGUGAAGGUAGAGGUGGUGCCAAGGGUAAGAUAAAACAGUGUCCAGAUUGUCAAGGGUCUGGUAUGAAAUUUGUUACUAGACAAAUGGGUCCUAUGAUCCAGAGAUUCCAAACCAUUUGUGACAAGUGUGGAGGUAAGGGUGACUUGUGUGACGAAAAAGACAGAUGUACCGCAUGUAGAGGUAAAAAGACUGAAUCUGAAAGGAAAAUCUUGCAAGUUCACGUUGAUCCUGGUAUGAAGGAUGGUCAGAGAAUUGUGUUUAGUGGAGAAGGUGACCAAGAACCAGGUAUCACACCUGGUGACGUUAUUUUCAUUGUUGAUGAGAAACCAAAUUCCGAAUUCCAAAGAAAAGGUAACGAUUUGUUUAAAGAGUGUGAAGUUGACUUAUUAACAGCAUUGGCCGGUGGCGAAAUUGCUUUCAAGCAUAUAUCGGGUGAUUGGAUAAAGAUAAACAUUGUGGCUGGAGAGGUUAUAUCCCCCGGAGAGUUGAAAAUAGUGGAAGGACAAGGUAUGCCUAUUUAUAGACAAUCAGGUAGAGGUAACUUGAUUAUUAAAUUUUCAAUCAAAUUCCCAGAGAACCACUUUGCUGAUGAAGACAAACUCAAACAAUUGGCAACAAUUUUACCCCCAAGAAGAGAGAUUUCUAUCCCUAAGGGUGUAGAAGUCGACGAAUGUGAGAUGACCAAAUAUGAUCCUUCCAGAUACCAACAGAGAAGGCAUGAUGCAUAUGAUUCAGAUGAAGAAGACGCACGCGGUGGAAAUCCCGGUGUGCAAUGUGCUUCACAAUAA